CCAAGUGCUUACUGCAAUUCGAGCGCUUCGAGAAGAAGCGCUUCGCUUCCGCAGCACUUCUCGCUGAAGCUGAUUCCUAGCCCUCGCCCUCCAAUCUCCAUCAUCGUCCUCCCCCAAAGCCCCCGACCUUUCCCCAUUCGUCGCUCUCGUUACGACGAUCUCAAUCGUGGUUGUUGAACAUAAACCUGCAGUGGUUUCUCAAAUCAAUAUCUCAAGUUUUUCAGGCUCGCCGCGCAUUGGAAUUGUUCUGCAGACCAACUCCUUAAGGACAUGAUUUUUUUCCUUGACGGUUAGUACUUAAAUAUGGUAUUGCAGCUAAUUCUGUUGUUUUGUUGCACAUUUACUAGGUCAAUCAGGGAUCACGAUGUCUCAAGUGUUUGUUGGCAACUUGGAUUCACAAGUCUCAGAAAAAGAUCUUAAGGAUGAAUUUCGAUUUUAUGGUUCCAUCCGCCGCUUAUGGAUUGCUCGAGGUACUGGCUUUGGAUUUGUUGAAUUUGAUGACCUAAAGAAUGCGCUAGAUGCCAUUCGUGGAUUGGAUGGCAAAAAUGGGUGGCAUGUGGAUCUCGCUCGUAGUUCCUGGGGUGGUCGUGGUCGUGGUGGCUGUGGUCGAGGUGGGCAUUCCCGAGGCGGCAGCAGUGGUGACGGCAAGUGUUAUGAAUGUGGGGAGCCUGGCCACUUUGCCUGGGAGUGUCGGUUGCUCAGAGGUCAUGGAGGUUCGGGAAGCAGAAGGUGUCGAAGUCCCAGUCCUCAAUAUAGAGGAAGCCCAAGUAAUGGACGCAGGAGCUAUAGUCCCCAAGACAGAAGGUCACAUCGACAUAGCAGCAAUUCAUCUCGCCGUGGCUGUAGCAUACGCAGGUCAUCGCCAUCUCAACGCCGAGCCUCUCCUUAUGCUAAUGGUGAUCAUCGGAGCCGGAGCCGGAGCCGGAGCUAGACCGCAUUACGCCCAAUCAUAAGCUAGUGAAGCUUCCAAUUUGUUCUGCAGGAACUUUGGGCUGUUUGGCCCAUUGGAGCAAUGAUGUGUUUACUUUACAGUGGCUUCGACAAAAUGGGAAAAAGGUGUUAUAGUGGUGCCCUGGACUCGGCGGGAGGCUCUCCUCAGCUUCUUUAUCUCUUGGAUAGGUUAUUUUUUACUUCUAUAGACACCCUUCUUGGAUCUUCUGCUCCUUUAGUGACACGGGUUUCACUGAAUGCACUUCCGUCAUCAUCGGCCUUUCUUUCGGUCUCUUAUGUGGUACAUCUGCUUGAUCUCUCCAACCGACCACUGGGAAAGACUGCAUAAUAACACAUUGUGCAUCCCUCAGUUCUUAUGAUUCUUUAAAAUACUGCACCAGGAAGCAGAAGCUGCUUUUGGAGGAACAAUCCGUAACCUUGUUAACAAGUUUGCAAGCCAAAAGAGUUGCUGUUGAUUUCACUUGCACAUUUCACCUUUUUAGUACUGGGCUAUGCGGCACCGAUAAUUUUCCGAUAAUUUUAUUGGAAUCUCUACAUAAAUAAUUAACUCAAAUCAGAAUUAUAUAUAUAGAGAGAGAGAGACAGAGAG